AGCACAAUGUCUCCUUCCCCCGAGAGCGACCCUGAGGCCACCGAGGUGAGCGUUGCAGCCGGGCCCACACCAUCAUCUCAGUAGGCAGAGCCGCGGGCUGCCACCUGCCCACACCAGGUGCCAUGGCGCACUAGCCGCGAGGAGCCGGGACCUCAGCUUUCGCAGUCUCGGGAUUUGCACGGCAGCAGAGUCACCGUGGAGAGGCCAGGGUAUCACAAACUUAUGGAUUUUGACAAGAAAGGAGGGAAAGGGGAGUCGGAGGAGGGCCGGAGAAUGUCCAAGGCCGGCGGGGGCCGCAGCAGCCACGGCGUCAGGAGCUCAGGGACCAGCUCAGGGGUCCUGAUGGUGGGCCCCAACUUCCGCGUCGGCAAGAAGAUUGGCUGCGGCAACUUUGGGGAGCUUCGCCUAGGAAAGAAUCUCUAUACAAACGAAUACGUGGCUAUCAAAUUGGAGCCAAUUAAGUCUCGGGCCCCGCAGCUGCACCUGGAGUACCGGUUCUACAAGCAGCUCAGCGCCGCAGGUAUGGCCGGCCUCCGUGGUCGGGGAGAGGAGAUGGCCACGUACCUGCGCUACGUGCGGCGCCUGGACUUUUUCGAGAAGCCCGACUACGAUUACCUGCGGAAGCUUUUCACCGACCUCUUUGAUCGCAGCGGUUUCGUGUUCGACUAUGAGUACGACUGGGCCGGGAAGCCCUUGCCAACACCCAUCGGCACCGUCCACUCUGACCUGCCCUCCCAGCCGCAGCUUCGGGACAAAGCCCUGCUGCACAGCAAAAACCAGGCGCUGAACUCCACCAACGGGGAGCUGAAUGCAGACGACCCCACGGCUGGUCACUCCAACGCCCCUAUCACGGCCCCCGCAGAGGUGGAGGUGGCCGAUGACACCAAGUGCUGCUGCUUCUUCAAGAGGAGAAAGAGAAAAUCUUUGCAGCGGCACAAGUGAGCCCUGGCACAUGCAGCGCUGUGAGCCUUCUCCGGUGCGGUCCCCGGGGUCACGACCUUGUCCACAAGGCCCUUGGGGCCCACCCACUGCGGCCCAGGGCCGGACUCUGACCCGAGCCAGGAUGCAGACUGCAGGGGCUGCGGGCCUCAGUCAGCCCACUGGCACCCACCCCUGGGAUGUGGGGUCACUUCAUUCACGUAAGGCUUUGGCCGAAAUUUUUACACUUGUGUCUAGUCCUCCCCUCCAAGAGCAUUAACUAUUUAAAACAAGAAAAAAAAAGGAAAAAAUCAGGCCUGUCCUGCCCCUGCCCCUCCCGCCCGUCUCUGCUGAAGUGAGUAGUGUCGUCCUGGAGGCCCGCCAGGCUGUGGCUGGCCCGCCCCCGUUAGCCUCAUAAAGUCCAGCUUGUCUCCCUCAAUCCAAAGGCCAUUUUCUCGAGGGGGGGGUAGACCCGGCCUGGGAGGGGGCGUUGCAGGUCCAUCUUGCUUGGACCCACCCAGGAGCGGCACAGGCCUUCCUGCCUGGGGUGAGGCUGUGCCCUGGGCCUCCCCCAAACCAAAGGGGAAGGUGGGGGUGGGGCCACGGCCAUGGCUGGAGCCAGCCCCCCAACCAAAAUGCUGCACCAAAGCUCGGGCGCCAGCAGGCAUGGCCACCACAGCCUCUUCCCAGCGCAGCCUCCGCUGGGUGGGUGCUGCUUGACGCACCUGCUCCUGGAGGCUGUGCCCAGAACCUGCAAGAGGUGGCUGGCUGUCGUCACCCCUGCCCAGCCAUGCUCGGGCCACCUGGGCCCUGCUGCCUCAGGCGUGUGGCAUGUGGUUUCUGGUCUCUGCUCUGCCACCUGGCAAAGUAGCAGGAGACAAAACGCCUUAAAGCCCCCAGCCCAGCCCCACAGGUUUGUGUGCGGGGGGCAUGGGGGCAGCCAUGGGCCAUGGUGGGGGUAUCCCCGGUGGGGUCCCCGGGAGGCUGCCAGGUGGAGCAGAUGCAGCUGUGGCCUUCCUGGGGCAGUGGUCAUGUGAGUCUAGUCCUUGCUUUACAAAGUGUACAGAAAUGGCAUUUACGUUUCUCUGAUGCUUCCUUGAAGCCAUAGAAUGUAGGGGCUUUUUUAAAAAAAUAAAAAAUGAAGCCAAC